AUCGUCCGUGUUUUAGUCAUACUUGUAAAUAUAUUUUUGGUCUACAAAAAUUCAAUACUUAACAAUGCUACAUAUUAUUCUUCUUAUUCGCAAUAUCAUCCGAUAAUUACUAAAUUGCGCAUAAAUCGAAAAAUCUUCCUUGAAACUAUGGAUGCUCCCCCGUCAUACAACAAAGCUACUGCAAACGAUAUUAAUUUUGAGUUCUGCAACAAUGAUCAAAACGUCACAUACGUAGAUUUCGCACCAACAUGCACCAAACCAAGUGGUAUAUUUUCAUCGGCCGAAUAUCAACCAUUCAGCGAAUUAACAAUUGCAGCUAAUAAAUGGUUAAACGAGCAUUGUAAUUUCUUUGUUGAAGGAUGUGAAACAAUUGGAGCAACUCCACUUCAAACUAGAAACAUCGGAGAGGUUAAUACACAAGAAACAAGAUAUCAUAUACAAAUUAGAAGACGUCAGGGAGGCAGCAAACAGAACAAUUCCAGAAUCGCAGCCAUUAACGUUAUUAAAUGUUUGAGAUUAUACGUUCGACCUAAAGGAAGCAAUGAAUCACCUGAACCUCAUCAAAUUGGAUAUUUAAAUAUUUCACCUCAACUGAUCUCUCCUACUGGAAUUUUUAGAUUGGCAAAAUACGAUUCCUAUGACAAUACUCUAAAAGAGUUUAACCUAUUUUUGGAUAAAAAUCCCAUACCCGGAAAAAUCCUUAAUAUUGAAGCUGUUACUAUAUUUAGAGAUGAUAAUAAUAUAGCUGCUGAUGGGAGUCUUCUUACAGAGACAAGCCAUUAUUACACCAGUUUAUCAACAAUGCUUAGAGUAUUCUAUUUGAGUGGGCCUCCAUCAUACGAAAAAAUCGGAUCAGCGGAUUUUCAACCAUCAAUAGUUAAACCUGGAGGACUUUUAUCAAGACAUCAAUUUGAAACGUUAUCUGAAACAAUGUGUAAAGUAAAUACUUGGCUCUCCUCCCAGAUGGAAAUUAGAGUAACAAACAUACAAACACUUAAAAUUAACUAUCAUAAAGCAUUAAAGCCAACCAUCACUGAAAGAAUCGAUUAUGUUCUUUCCAGACAUUCUUUACAGCAAUUUUUCAAUAUCGUAAGAGUGUUCUAUACUACUGCACCAAAUAGUGGAAUUUGCAGGCCUAUAAAUCUGUCGUGUAAAAUAUUUAUACCUGCUGUUUUGGUGACGAAGAUGAUUGGUCUUGAUGUCUAUGAAACCCUUGACAAUCUGUAUUCAAGAGAAAUCUUACCGUUCAUAAGAUAUAAUUCACACGCUAAACCUAUCAAUAUUGAAACUCUUCCUCUAAAUCCGCAAGAAAAUCCGGAAGCAAUGUGCAGUUCAAGAUCAGUUGAACACGCACCUUUGAUGAUAGCAACUGUUAGAAUAUACUUCGAUGGAGUUAUAAAUGAACCUCCAAGUAAUGUUAUGCAACCUAGACCGAUUCCUGUCCACGAAGGCAUCAGUUGCUGCUCUAUUCUAUAG